ACUUAGGUGAAGUCUAAAUGUAGCUUCUUUGGAGCUUUUACGGGUCAGAAAUGGUCACAUUUACAACCGGAUUCUCCACAUAUAUAACUAAAUUUAAGCUAACUGCGCUACUAUUAUCUGCGUAACUGUAUUUUAAAGAAGAAUAUCAGUAUUUUCAAGCAUUGUACAUAUUCACGAUUCAUAAAAAUAAGAGUAUAUAGUGUAGGUUAUAAACUAGCAUUUAAGGGCUGCCCUACAUCUCCGCUGGUCUUCUUUUGUAAUACCAGUGUUUUGAACCUAUUCAUCCCCUGGUCCUCCAGCUGGCGCCCUGUAGAUCACAAAGGUCCCAUUCACUGAUUUGAGAACAAAUCAAAUAGUGGAUCGAACCCUUUUUUAUACAGCAGUUGGUUUCAUAGGAACACAUGAAUUGCUGAACUUGCUUUUGAGAAGCCAAAGAGCAGGAAGCCAUGCAGAGUCCGACCCAGUCACAGAGCCGGACAAAGCCUGUGAGCACAGCCACCCAAGAGCAACCACUGGACACCCAGACUGAAGCUCAGCCAGCACCGAAGGAUUCAAAUGAGCAAAAAGAGAAGGAUAAACCAGCAGCUCCCAUUAUGACUGAAACAGUAACAACACAGGAAAAUGGGACAGAGGUGCAACCAGCAGAAACAAAUGCAAGCCUACCAGGCACACAGGCAGUGGAGAAUGAGCCUGCAGUCCAGCCACAGACAGAGCCCUCAGUUAACAGUGUAGGGAUCGAGACUGACUCAGCUUCCAAGCCAAGCACACCCUCAGAACUGGUACCUGCCACAACUGCAAAAUCUAAGUGUGAUGCGAAAAAGGCAAAGAAAACGGAUAAAGGUGUUCGUGAGCCUAAGAAAUACAUUCCUUCCAAGAAGGCCAUGGUGGAUCCUCUGAAGAUGGACAUGUCCAAACCACCAGUUAUACCCCUCACAUCGUCUCAGCUGUCCCUGCAAUGCCUUGAGUGCCACAUAAUCUUCAGUGACCUAAAGAGCAAGGAGCGUCACCUGAAGUUGAGCCACCCUGCAGAAUAUGAACAGUGCAUACUGAGGAACUCCCUUUUCGCCUGUUACGUUUGUGACCGCCACUUUACAAAUUCCACAGAUCUCAUGGUCCAUCAGAAAGCUCACCCAGAGAGGAAACCCUUCAAGUGUCCAAUUUGUGGCCUGGCCUUCAACAAGUCAUCAGAGCUCACCUUUCAUAAAAAAAACCACUAUGGCCAGGACGGUUAUGAAUGCACAGAUUGUGGGAAAAACUGCAAAACGAUGACUCUGUUGAAGUAUCACCUCCGUAAACACUCUGGAGAGAGGCCGUAUGUUUGCAAGGAGUGUGGAAAGAGGUUCACCAUGUCCAAAGCUCUGCAGAAACAUAUGGUGGCACACUUUCCUGAAGGAGAAGGCGGAGAUCCAACAGCUGACCCACUGAAAAAAGGGGCUUCUUCGGUAAAGCAUCCUUGUUUUGUAUGCAAGGCCACUUUCAAGAGUACCAAGACACGGCAACAUCACAUGAAAACCAAGCACAACAUGUUACCUGCUGCAGCAAGUAAGACCCUCUCAGCUGAGCAUCAACUGAAACAAAAUACACCCAUCAUAACUCCAAUAUCUAUUUGUCAGUCAUCACUACUACAGGCAGGCCUCAAUGGACCUCUGCAAAAAGUUGAUGCCAACAUUGACACAGAGCAGAUUCGCAGACUUAUUGAGUCUUUGGGAAAUGUGCAGAAAGUAAACCAAGUUGUCAUAUUGGGGCAGCUGCCACCUCAUGCUGCACCACUGGAAUUCCAUCAGAUCUCACAACCACCGCAGACAGAUUUUAUGGAACUGAAACAGACAGAAGCUAACAUAGUUGAAUUGGACCCUUUAAACAACCCAUGGCAUUCUAUGGAUCAAACAAUUAUAAUUGAACCUAUUACGCCAGAAGGGCAAUUGGAAAACCCUUCUUUCUCAGAACUAGGUUCCAACAUAACAGUAGGGGAAAAUAUAGAGCUAACACUUGAGGGAGGGGGGAUGCAUCAGAACCUUCAACAGCAUGAUAAUAGUGCAAUUCAGUUUGAUUCUAUGGAUCAAACAAUGUUUCAGAAUGGAGUAGAGCAAGACCUUGAGCAAACAGUCAUAUUAGAACUUAUACCAACUGAAGAGCUUGAACAAACACAACCUGUUUCACAAAAUGAAAUCCCAUCCUCCCCUCUGGUAACCACUGGCCUGCAGCAGACUGCAGAUCAGACUGUAAUCGAUGAACAAACCAACAUGUCUGCCACAGCCAUCGUGACUGAUCUGGAGCUGACCCCUUUACAAGAAGAACAACAGGACCUUCCCUAUUUUGUUCCACCAGACACACUCACACAAACAACAAGUGGAGCUGAAGUGGUUGAUUCACAAUUGCAAACAGUAAGUCUAGAUCAGGAUUCCCCUGUAAUGGAUGGAACUGCACCACAAGAGACACAAGAAAAAGCUGAACAAGAAGCAUCAGAGAAGCUAGCGGUAGAUAAGAACAAGGGUGAGGAGCAGGUGGAGAACCUGUCUGAAGUAGAGGAUCCACCUGCUAAAGAAGUGUUUCCAUCAAACUUAGAGACCAAGCAGGUGCCAAAGGUGUCUGAGUUACCCGUAAAUGUAAUGUCAGCUCAAGAACUUGUGAAAGUGCGGAAACGGAAGUCAAAUAGGGCAUUUUACUUUCAAGGAUAUAUGCAUGAACUAGGUGGAUCAAUAUACAAGGAUGAUUUUCAAAUUGAUGCCACACCUUCCAAACGGCAACGUAAAAAAAAGGCUCACCUUGUUAAAUUUAACCCUCAAAGCAAAGAGAAGAAAAACAAGAAACAGAAAAAGCCAUCACUGCAAUAUCAGCAAACACAGGAAGAAGAGAUAAGAGAUAAAACACCAGCAACAAAUCCCUCAAAGAAAAAGGGUCCAUCACAGAAGAAGGGAAGAAAGGGAAAAAAGGACAACAAAGCAAAACAUUUAGCUGAAAAUAAAUCGCCUACAUCAACCCAGGAACCACUAGUCCAGCAAAUCAAAGAGGGUACAAGAAAAAACAAAACAAAAAAGACAAAAGAAGUGGCCGCGGAAGGUGGCACACCAGUUAGUAAGCACAACACUUUAGCCUCGCCUGUAUUUAAAAAGAAAAAACAAACCAAAAUAAUGCAAAAAGAUCAGACCAAGAAUGCAAAGGGUGGAAAGCAAAAGAAAAACCUUUCAAAAGAGGAAAACGUCGAUACAAAAGAGAGCGCAGCUUCAACAGACAUACCUGCAACACAUAUAACACAGGAUGCUCUACUUCUACUGAAGGGUCAUAAACAGCCUCAACUUAAGGUUUACAAAUUAGACCCUUUAAAGGCACCAGGCCAGACACCGGAAACUUCACCUGUUCUGGGCAGCAAAAUAUCCCAAAAGAGUAAAGACAAAAAAUGUAAACAUUCAACAAGUGAAUGUACAAAUAAGGAGGAUAAGAAAAAAGGAGGACCAAGAAGAACCAGAAGGCUUUCAUUGUUGUCCUCGCUGCAGGCUUCCCGUCAAGCUCCCGAGACGCUGCCUGCAAAGCCGAAGACAACAAGGAAACGUAAAGCCUCCUUGAAAGUGGAGACUGAGGGAGUGAUAACUUCUCAAUCCAAGCGUGCCUUAGAGUGUAAGGACUGUGGGCAAAGAUUUAGUGAAGUGUCAUCCCUUCAGAAGCACAAGACAAUGGUGCAUAUCGUAGAGAGUCCCGGUCUCACUUACACAAAUGGAAACAUCUUUGAAGGCGUCUCAACGUUGGAUAUUUACCAUCUUCCAAAACAACCCGAUAAGGUUGUCGGGAUGAUGAAUGCUGCUGCAGACUGGGAUACUGAGCCUGAGAUCGCAGAUUUGGCAUUAGAUGAGAAAGAGCGAAGCGUCUCUUUUCCAGCUUUAAUUCCAUCCCCAUCGUUUACUGUCCCUCCUUCAGAUGUUGAAGUAAUUGCGUAUGAAAAUAAGGCUGCAGAUAAACAGUCCCUUCCCUCUCAAGAAGUUCACUCACCAGCCCAUCAAAUGAAAAGAAGUGGAAUGCAUCCAAUCCUACCGUCUGAACCCCCAUUAAGGGCCUCUACUCAGACAAAGAGUUCAGAGUCAAGUGAGCCUUUGGCAUCAGACGAGAACAAACAAGAAGACGCUUCCCUGAGAAAUCCCAGCACAGAAUCUGAAGCCCAGGGUACCACAGAUGAGGACAUAAAGGAGAAUUUACUUCUUGAUGUAGAUUUAGUCACUGUUGGGGAGCAGAAUGAGAGAGUUGAAACAACCUCUCAAGAAGACUCUGUUCCUCAAAAUGAAUCAAGUGGAACCUGUAAUUCUGAGGAUCAAAGCAUCGACAAACUUUCUGGGCAAGUUAGCAAUGAAACAACAACUGAAAGAAGUCUAACUUCGCAAACCGUGUCAUGUUCCACUCAUCAAGUGGAGAUCAAGGACGAGGAAGAAGAACUGCUAGUCCAGAAGAAAAAACAAGGAGGAAAAAGAGCUGUUUCAAGAAAUACUACAAGGGGUAGGAAAAGAGGAACAGGACGUUUAAAACGGGACGUUAUUUCAAAGAGAGCUUCAGUUGGAAAUACCAUCGGAGCAACAGAGUCAGAAAAAGAACAGGAUGAAUGUCAGCUACUUUAUGAAAAACGUCCCAUCAGCUCUGAUUCAGAAAUAAAUGAUGAAGGCCAGCCCGGCAUUAGGACAUUACAGCCAGAGGUCAGCACAGAAUUUGAAGCCGACCAAACUACGGCUCCAACUGCAUCUUUGUCUACCAUGCCCUCUACAUUAGAAAAACCUCUUGAAGAACAAGUUGUGUCGGAGUCGGACACUAGUGCUGACCAGGUAACGGGUGUUAGACGAUUGGAGGGAGUCGAGGAUCACAACAGGGAUGCUAACCAGUCUCCAGUGAUCAUACUCGAGAGGUUCCUCACCUCCAGACAAGAAGCAACUACUGACAAGGAGCCGGGACUGUUGACAGAGCGGAACAAUCAGAGAAAGGGUAUUGACAACAUUGUUGAGAAUGGAGACCUUGGGAGCCAGCAGAUCAAGGUUGAAGAGAAUAUCGCAGAUCGUCCACUGGUUGCACCCAUCUGUCAAAACAGGCGGAGUGCAAGUGUGCAUUCACAGCACCAUCGUGAUAUAAGGACCGUUCUGGUGAAGGAGGAGAGCAGCCUCGUGCCGAGUGAGGCCCAGACCAGCAGCAGACACAUCCGAUGGAAUGUGGAGCUAGUCAACACGGAAAACAUCUCCAGUCUAUUAAUUGAGAGUAAGGAGACAGCCAUGGACGAGAGUUGCGUAACCCCCCCUGAGUCGAUCACAAACCAGUGCAUCUUCUACCCAGUAAAGGAAGAGGAGAGGGAAUAUUUACUGGGAGCUCAGACCAACAGUGGGAAUUCAACAACAGGGGCAUCCUGUGAUGCCAAGAAAACAGAACAACAAGCAACAGAUAUGUCAAAUGAAGGUCGCCAUUCUGCACCCGGCUACCAGGAGAUGAGAGGAAGAGGACUGUCAGAACCUGGCGUCGGUGACUUUGCAGAUAAACAAGCUGAGGCAGAAGCUGAGAUGCAGCAUCCACCCGACCUCCGGGACUUUCUCCUCCAGAGUUCGGAUGAGGAGGAUGUGGGAGUUUUUGAGUUGUCUGAUCCUCAGCUUGACUCAGAAGCAGAAGUUAUGGCUUAUUUCUACAAGAACCCAACUAAUUGCGCACGGCAGCACGGCAGUGAUGAUUUAUCACAAACCAUGCCAACUUCAUCAGGCCAGAUCAAAGCACCAAGAGAGGAAACCAGAACCAGAGAGCCCAUUGACUACUUCUCCAAGUAUUUUGGAUGGGAUACCUGGGUAGAAAUUGCGAAUUGCACAAAUAAAAUAUCCAACAUGCCCAGACCUGUCACAUCCAGAGAGGUUGCACAGUUUGUUGGGUUCCACGUUGCAAUGGGAACUUUAAAGUAUCCCAGUCCGAGACUCUACUGGGAGAACUUGACUAAGGUGCCCUUGGUUGCUGACUCCAUGCCACUUUCUCGUUUCCUUGAGCUGUCUCGCAUGUUGAAGCUUGCCUGUCCUGCGAAGGAUCCAGUCAAAAGUAAUGUUCAGGAAGGAAGAUGUGAUAGUGACUUUCAAAAUGCUCAUCAAGGUCAAACCCUGAGUGAAAUUGGCCAGCGAGACACGCCAAAUGAGCUAAGCAGCUCAAAAACACAGACUGAUCCCCUGUGGAAGGUUCAGCCAUUGUUGUGCCGUUUCAAAGCAGGGUGCCAUUCUCUCAGACAAGAGAGUGAUUAUGCAGUUGACCAAUAUCCUCUCCAUUUGACUGGGAGGAAGCACAAAGACAAGCUGUCUCUUUCCUGUACUACAUUAAUUGGAUUUGGAGGUUUGCUCCUACAUGUGGAUCUUAAGUUGGGUCAGUCCGGCAGAGAAGAUGCAGUAGAAAAAAUGGUCCCCAAAGGUAGCAUGGUGUUUCUUUGCAAACAGGAACUGUCCACCCCUGCAAUGCUGGAGCGUCUGUUGGUUGCCGGCGUUCAUGGUGCAGGAAGGGUCGGAGGAGCCAGAGGACAGAUCGGAGAUGAGUUCGUAAGCUCCGAUGGGAAGCUGAUGUUACGUAGAUCACACUGUGGCUUUAUACUUUCUACAGCGGGCAAUAAUCAGAGGAACAUGGCCUCAUUGAUGGACAAUUUUGAGAAGGCCCAGAUGUCGGCUCAACUCAACAGAGAUUUGCAGAAUCUUUACUCGAUUCCUCUCACUGCCUCGGCCCCAACCUGCUGGCCUCAGGCGGUGCUCUGGUACCUUACAGAUCUGGCUUUGGUCAACUCCUGGCUCCUCUACAAACAGGAUCACGGGGCAGUGUCUGUACCCUUGACUCUAAUGGCCUUCAGAUUGGAGGUGUCCAAAUCUUUGAUAUUCUCGAAUGGCUCUGAUACCCAGGACUCAGUCCCCCCUCAACCCCCCAGAGAGAAGUCUCAUGCUACAAAUGAAAAGCCCAAUCCUAGCCUGGUGGACGAGAGUCCUCUGCCAGAUGCAGCCACACGGUACGAUGGUUCAGGCCACUGGCCAGAGCAGCUUGAGGAGGGAGAAGGGGGCAGGUGCCGCUAUGGAGACUGUCAGAGAACAUCUCGAGUGCUAUGCCUUAAGUGCUGUGUUUUUCUUUGUAUCUCACGCAACCACAACUGCUUUUUGAAUUUCCACAAUCAAGGGAGUUUGGGAGAAGAGUAGAAUCAACUGCAGAAUUCACGCAUUAACAUUGUGCUUCCUGAUUUAGUAUGUAGCCGUGGUUUUGAUGUACUUAUUCCCAGUUAAUUAAACUGUCCUUCCAACUUUUCCAUGAUGCCUUUCACUGGUAGGGGCAAUGGUUAUGAAGCAUUAUUUGUGCUGCAAUUGAAGAACAAUGCUAUGUGAGGAUGUGGCAUUAUAUGUGUAGUGUGACUGAAUUUGCCUCCGAAGGAAAUCUAAAUAAAUAUGCAUAGACAUACUAUUUGUGCAGCACAAAAUAUGAUUUUUGGCAUUAAAGUAAGUUCUUUUUUCUAAAUAUUUAUUUUAACCUGAGCAAACAUGAAUUGACAUCCUUUAAUGGGGUUGUUUUGUGCUUUUAAUUAAAAUGUUAUUUAUUUGAAUUGAAGAAUACAAUUAAAAAAAGAUGAAAAAAUACA